AUGCUGCACUCGUCAAGCGUGAAGACCAAUGGUCUAUGGAUUUCGGUGUCGUCUGCGAAGCUGUUCAUUUGCAGCUUGCGUAGACCAGAUGGCAAUCUGAGGAACGACGCACUGCAGCUGUCUUUCCUGCAGGUCUGUCUUCCUGUCGUUUAUUUCUGCCAUGACCCUGAGCAAGUGGUCCGCUUUCGGUUGUGCGGAUUCGUCAGGAUGAUAAAACUGCACGAAUGGCUCUCGCCCCGAGAGCAAGUGGCGUUUGAGCCAGAUGGUCGGACUGUCGAAUCGCUCACCGAAUUCCGAGGUACCUAUGUAUUCCCAAUCCGUGGGCAUUGUGUCUUGAAGCAGCGCUUCGGAAAGCCUGUUUCGGAAGACAAGGAGGCGUUGCGCUGCACAGUUCGGCUUGUUGCACUCAGUGUAUGGAAUCCUGGAAGAGAACCGGUGACAACGAUAAGGUCGAAGCUUAUCGAUGUGCACUGGUGUUAA